AUGGGAAAGAUCAAGAAGCCGCAGAAGCGCUCCUCUGUCGCUCCGCAGCCAGUCACUGAUCUCAUCGAGAAGCUCACUUCUGCUCCCGAUCAUGAGCUCGCCGCCGUCCUGUCGGCUGUCAAGGAGUGGACUUGGCCACGGACAGACUUGCAAUGCUGGGUCAAUCCGCUCAACCGCUUCGAUGGCCUGCUCGAGACCAUCAUCAAGGACUACAGCCUCCACUCGGACGUUCAGCUCAACGAAUUCACCCCAAAGACCCUCGCCCUCGUCCAAGGCAUCCUCUCCUUUGAGCGUCUCUUGCUGGAGCAUGCCACCAACCGCAAACUCUUUGCAUCAUGGGACAGACUUGAUGACCUCUUCCAUACCUCUGACUUAUCAGUGCUCGAGCUCACGCUUCGCCUGGCGCUCAAGGCUGCUCAGACUUCUAACAACUCUCCAGCGAGCUCGCUUUCGCCACGCUCUCAUGGCCUAACCGUCAGUCGCCUGCUCGCGUUAGCCCAAUCCUGGAACGGAGCGCUCGUGCUAGAAACGGAUGAGGUGACGAUGCAGGUCUCUGGCGAGGCCAGUGACGCUCCGCUGGCCGAAGACGAAAAGUCCUGGUCCAUGAUCGAUUAUCUGAGCGCGGCACACAAGUCGGAAUCGGGCGAGACUUGCAUGCUCCACCUUCAGUCUCUCGCUUUCGAAUUCUACAAGCGCAGUGAGGUAACAGAGCACGCUCUUGCUGUCGUUCAGCCUAGCUUUGUUUCCACGAUGACCCCCAGAAAGGCCACCGAUGCAGCUUUGGCUACGCCGAUCAGCUCCAAGGUGAAGAGCAAAGCCACGCCAGCGUCUGGCUCCAAGGGGCAGGGCGAGACCCCGAAUAGAUCUGACCAUCAUGCCGCCAAUUGGGAAGGCUUACUUACCAUCUCAAUCGAUCGCGAUCGGCUGACUGACGCCUCAAAGAGUGACGUCGACGUUGUGGCCGAUUGCGCAGACGAACAUAAGCUAUCGCCCGAGCACAAGCUCGACCUACUUCAGCGCGUACGGCUUGCAAGAGCAUUCCAGAGCUCUGGAGAUCGCCAGCGCAUUAUUAUCCUACGGCUGCUCUGCAUCGCUCUUGCUGCGCAGACCUUUGAUGAUGCAACGAGUCAGACGAGUCUCUUUGUCAGCGAUCCAGAGCUCGUUCGCCAGACAGCUGAACUGCUCCUGCCUGAUCAAGACAUCGACAUCGAGAUCCGUGCCGCCGCGCUCCAUGCGCUUGACGCUUGCCUCCGCAUUCGUGCCAGACAGAAUGAAGUCACCAGUUCUGUCAAUGUCACUGUCAAUCAUGGGCUUCUUAUGAACGUCUUACGAUCGACUGUUGCCGAUCUGGCCUCUGACAGUCCGCAAUCAUCGCGCGAAUUCAUCGAAGCCCUCUUCAACUUCAUGUCGGAUCUGCAAUGCCUCACUGCAGCAGGCAACGCGCUCGUAGCUGCCGGCCUCAUCGGACUUCUCGUGGAGCUACUCAGGAAUCGGACAGAGUCGAGCUCCGACGUCGCGGUCAAAGCGGUCAUCAUGCUCGAUGGCGCGACUUACAGCUAUCCUUCAGCAACGACAGCUUUCUUUGCUGCCCAAGGUGUCACUGUACUCGUCGACCGAGUGGCCGAAAUGGUCGAUCAGGCCGUUCAGGCCAAUAUGUCUACCGAUGGCGAGUCGCCUUUGGCCGACCUCACGUUUGGCAAGCUACCUCUUCCGACCUUUACCUUGCUCAAGACCAUCUGUCGCUCGAUACUACGAAUGAUGCAGACUGUGGGAGCAGCCGAGGGUCUUCGCAAUCUCAUCGACUCGUCCUUGUUGCAGUCGAUACGAAAGAUCCUCGAGCAACGUCGUACUUUCGGACCGGCCAUCUACUCUGUCGCCAUCAACCUUAUGGCAACAUUCGUACACAACGAGCCUACUUCUUUAGCCAUCCUGCAGGAGAACAAGCUGCCACUUGCCUUCUACGAUGCCAUCGACAGUGGUCUCGAGGCAUCUAGUGACGUGAUGGCGGCGGUUCCCAGUGCCAUCGGAGCUCUCUGUCUCAACGAAGCUGGGCUUUCCGACUUUGAGCAACGCGGCCUACUCCCCGUCAUCUUCCGAGUUUUCCUCCGGAGCGAGCACGUCAAAGUGCUCAACGAGCGUGACAAUGCUUCCAUGUUUGGCGCGACUAUUGAUGAGCUCGUCCGCCACCAUCCUUCGCUCCAGCCAAAGGUCAUCACUUGCAUCGUUCAGAUCCUAGACGCACUUACUGCUCAAACAAAAGAUGCGUAUCUGGAGAAGCUACGUCUACUAUGUGGCCGCGAGAACGUGCAAGAUCUCGCCGACGCUUUUGGCGGAUAUGGCGAUCAGGUCGUCGAGGCAGAUUGCGACAGAUGGUUCGCUUCUGUUGACGCGGUCGCGCGGUUCCUUGAGUCUCUGUGUCAGACUUCGAAAUUCGCUGCCACGCUCACUGCUGCUGGCGCGAUUCACACGAUCCUGAAGCUCUACCGACACCCCAAACUGCCGCUUUCGCUCGGCAUGACAACUGGGCAAGCCAGCGGAUCUGCUUCGGCUGCACUUCUAGCGCUUAUGAAACUCCUUUGCGAGCUUUGUGCAUCACAGGCGCUGUCCGCGCUUGUUGACGCUCUCCAGACUGUUUUGGCCGCGCUCAGGACUUUCUGGACCACGGACAGAGCAGAAGAGCCCCAAUACAAAAGCAGCGCGAACGAACCUAUCCCAGCUUGGAUCAGCCUCGACUCGACUGCUCACCCUUUCGUGUCUGCGCGUGCUCUGGCCGGUCUUGCCUCUAGUGUAAUGCCCCAUAUCACAUAUGAUACUCGUACGACCCAGCAAUCAGUGGCAGAAACCUUGCUUGCUGCUGGCACCUUUCUGUCCGAUUUUGGGCAGUUCCGUCGAGCCGCCAUCUGGGAAAGUUUCGCUUUGCAAUCUCAUCGCACUGCCGGUUCGGGCGCAGCUCCGGAAACCGAAAGCUCGCAGAGCGAUCUGCAGGUUGCGAAUAUGUCCGCGGUCGAUUCCGUCGCAGCCAGCGGGUCAAUUGCAGAUGCAGAUGCGACAUCGGCUAGCACCACGCUCAACGCUCAGGCCAUAGGCCUACCAGCCAGCGCAGCAACAGACAAGUCUGAUCGUAAUCUUCUGCGACACGUGCUUAUCGACACGGCUACGCACAUACAAGGGUUCUUUGAAAACGUCGCAGGCCGAAUACCAUCGCGAAGAGCCCUUGACAGCCAGCAGCGCAGAUCUACAGAGGAGCUCGCAGCUACCCUCGCGCAGAUUGCCAGCGAAGAUCUUAACUGUACAAGCAUCGCUUCAUGCAGCCCAUGGCUGCCAUACUCGAUCCUGGUCACAAAAUCAGUAGUCGGCCUGCUGAGUCGAGAGCGCUCGGUCACAUAUGCCGAGUGUUCCCUAGCUGUGCUCUUUGAGCGUAAGGCCGGCGUACAGCGACUCAUAGCGCUCUUCAGGCAGUAUAUCGAUGAGGUCUCGACUAUCACUGCAAAAUCGGCCGCGGAUCACUCUCCGCUGCAAAGUGUCCGUCUAUAUCAGCUUGCAGGCGCAAUGUCUGUUGCGAUGGAGUUUGCAUCAAAGCUCGCUACCUUACCCAAACCGCUCGAGUCGCUGAUGCGCACUGCUGCCAAAGACGAGCAAAGCAAAGUACAAGCCUUCAUUGUCAGUGUCCGAGCGUCUUUGCUGCCUAUCGCAGACGAAAUGUGGAACGCCACCUGGCUGCGGCCCGCAAGCAGUCCGAGCAACGUGCGUACGUUGACGCAAUUGAUGCUCACGAUUCUGGCUGCCAAGGAUGAAAGCCUCGAUCGAGCAGAACCUCCUCAAAGUCUACUGACUCCGGUCACCGGGUCAUCUCUUGGCCUGCGCAACCGGCUGCAAGAGAAUAGGGCCGACGGCGGUCGACCAGAUAGUCUGCAGCAAGUGGUAGACAUGGGCUUCCCGCGACCUGCCGCAACGCUUGCCCUCGCCAGGUUCAACAAUAACGUUAUCGCCGCGACGGAAUUUCUGCUCAAUAACCCGGAGACAGUCGCCAGAGCACGCGAUAUAUCAGAUGUCGGCGGAAGCGUUCUAGACGAGCCGCCGAUCGCGCUUGACUCAGCGGGCAGCGCCAUGCGCGUUGAUGGAACGGCAGUCGACGCAGCUUCACCAGACACGCCGACUGCUACGCUACAAAGGCUCCUGCCAGGCUUAAACGAACAGCGUACGAGAGUAAAGGAGACCUUCAUCGAGCGCACCUGCGACCUUGCGGAAGCGUUCCCUGUCAUUCUCUUCGAUCUUAGUGAGGCGAUAUGCUCGGGUAUCUUCUCGGAUGACGCGCCGGCUUGGAUUCACAAAGUCUUCGACUUUACCUGCAAGAGACUGGAAGAGCCAGACGCUUCGGCAGAUCGCGUGUUUACAGCCUUUCGUCUGACGGCUUUCCUACUGCAUGAAAAGGCAGUCGAUCCAAUCGCUCUGCCCGAUGGCAUGCUUGCGUCCUUUAUGCGCAUGUCAGUCUCGUACAUACGCAAGGCAGACGUCAAGGAAAUGCCGAUAUGGACCGGGCCUGCAUUGCUUUUGCUUGAGACACUUUUCUGCACCGCAGAGACUGCCAAGCAGCCAAGCGAAGCAGCGGACGCUGACGCUGACGAUGUCUCAAUCAUUCGCUCGGACGUCGUCAUCGGACCAGCGUACGACGAAGAACGCCUGAUCGCAUUUGAUGUCUGCUUCAAGCUGCUCUGUCGAACGGAUCUUUCGGAUGAUCUGCUGACGUCAGUCCUUCGUUUGCUUGUCAUCUUGACGCGGCAUGAGCCGCUCGCCGGAAAAAUGGCGACUCGCGAAGCUCUCGACGCUCUGCUGCAUCUGAAGCAGAAAACUCUGAAUCGUGAUGCAUCUAACGAAGUUCUGAUCCUGCGUCACUCGGUCGAAUCGUCCAAAGUGCUAAAGCAGAUUGGCACCGGCGAGAUCGAUCGCUGGAUCACUCGUCAGAAGGGUCGCUCGGUCGACGUCACUACCUAUGUCAAAGCGCUAAGCUUCUUUGCCUUUCGCGAUCCGGUUGCGUUCUUGCAAUGCACGGCUGAUCGUCUGAUGCUUACUUCGCCUCAUUCGACAAUGCUUAAGGAGCGGCUCAGCGAAUUUCCAUUGGCCGAUGGGAAAGCGGCGUCCGCGCCUGACCUCGCUGCGGUCGUAGACGAGGCAUCUGACGAUCGCAAGCUCCUACCAAAGGCGAACACGAAUCCCUCUGUAUCCCCAGAGACGGACAUUGUGGUGCAUACAUUGAUGGCGGAGCUUCUCAGGAUCGUCAGCGAGCUCAAGUCAAGCUUUGGAGACGGCAAGGCUUUGCCAGCACUUCAUAUGCCUGCAGCCGCACCGAAUCAAACUCCAACGAGUGCAUCUACCAUACCAAACGCUGUCGCUGGCAGCCCUUUGCAGGGCGAGAGACCAGUCGAUGCAGCAAAGGCCGCGCAAUCCUCACAUGCGCAAUUUGUCAUCGCAUGCCUGGUCGAGCUUCUCUACUCUUACGGGCCUUGCAAGACCAGCUUCGUUCAAUUCUCACGUCGUAAAGGCGCUGCUCCCGCUGCAGCGCCAUCUCUUGACGAUGUCCCUGUCACUCCAGCAAAACCAAGAUCGUCUUUCCUCAAUUUUCUUCUGCAUGACUUGAUACCAAUGGACAAUAUAACGACUGUGCUAGCUAACGUCGACGAUCUGGGUCUUCGCAAGCUGCCGAUCGGCAUCGUCAAGAUUUCCGAAUGGGCGCCGCUCCUGCUCGUUGCGUUGUGCUACGAUGCCAGCGUUAAAGAUGAGGGCGCAGAGCCGUCCGAGGAAAUCAGCGCUAUUCGUACACUCGUGCUUGACUGCCUCGCAAGAGCUAUACUUGACGCAAGCGCGUCAGACGAGCCCAAGAGUGUUCGCUACGCCAGGCUGUGCGCUCUUGCCGACAUCUGCCAUCGUCUCGCCACGCCUGGGCCUGACGAUCUCCGCCAUAAUCGACGUCGAGACGAGAUGCAUACCCAAAUGUCAAAACUCAUGCUUGACCGUGAUUUUGUUACCAUCUUGACGAAUACUCUAGCAGAGCUCGACCUAAAUUUCCCAGCAGUGCAAAACCUCGUCAAUCGAAUUCUCCGGCCCAUCCAGUUUCUCACGCGAAUUGUAGGCAAAAUUGCGAGACCCACCAGUGACUCAUCGGGAGUGCAUCAAAAUGUCUAUGGCUCGGCGCGUAAUCGUGAACUCGGUAUUCCUGACAGUGACUCUGACGAUGAUGUCGAAGGUGGACAAGAUCAGACGAUGGAUGAGACAUCUGACCUCUACCGCAACUCUGCACUCGGCAUGUUUGACGGUGAACUGGAGACUGGCGGGCAAGAAGACGCGCCAUCGACACAUUCGUCGCAAGAGGAAUAUGAUGAAGAUGAAGACGAGGCCAUGGACGACUAUGGCCUAGCUGACGAUGCUAUCAAUCCAAGCGAUGUCAGUGAUGCCUCAGAUGACGAGGAUGAUCACCGCAUAACCUCGCAUGAUGCCGAGAUGAUGGACGCUGACGACAUUGACGAGGAAGUCGAAGACGACGGUGAUGAUGACGACGAGGACGAUGACGAUGACGACUCUGACGAUCACGACACAGAGUCAGAGCAUGACGACGACGGAGGAGACGAAUCUGAUGGCGAUACUGACCUCGAUCCCGAGGGUUACGCCACGGGUUCAGAUAUGGAUGCGGGUGAUGAGCGUGCCUUGCAAUCGAUGGAGAACGCAGCGCGCCAGAUCUUAGGCGGCGAGCAUGGUCACGACGAGUCCGGCUGGCCGGAGGACGAGGAAGAUGGUUUCACGAUGCGCACACAUCUGCGCAUCAAUGAGCACGGUGAGCCGCGACUUGGCGAAGGGCGCGAUGGCGAUCAACUCGAGCUGCUCGCCGAAGUGGUCAAUGCACAUGGCCAAGAUAGCGAUAUCAUGGCGGAGAUCAGCUACGAAGAGGACGACGAAGAAGAGAUCGAUGGCGAUGCCGUUGUCGGCAGAUCUAGUCAUGUGCCUGCCCCUAAUUGGUCCAACUUUCCCUUCCUGGUCGAGCCUAGAGAUAAUUCACCUAUGACAAAUGGUCUUCAGGAACCGCGGAUUCAGCAAGGUCAAGGCACCUUUAACGCGGGACAACAUCCGCUGCUCGUGGAACCCGCGAAUACGGAACAACGACGAUCGGGCGUCAAUCUGCGUAGCUCGCUUGACCACCCGCAAGAUUUUGCCCGUCAACUCACGAGGAAUUAUUCUCGCAUUGGAGGUGACAAUGCCAUCGAUGCUAUCAGCAGUGCGAUCGGCGUCAAUCCGAUGGACAUACUGGAGACUCUACUCGGCGGGCGUGGGCAUGCUCACCUGCCGGAUCUUUCCCACUCAACUGGCGAACCUGGCCCCCACGACAUCGUGCUUGACUUCACGACCACUGGUGAUGGUCGACUAGGCCCGGGCGCUAGCUUUCCCCUGCAUUUGGGUCGCCGUCCAGUGUUGUCUGCGCCCAGGCCAUACGGCGAGAGAGGCUCGAGCACUAUCGCCGCAGCACAGCGCAAUCUAGCCGCGCAAGAUCCCCAGCUUGUGCCAGCCUCGACAUCAAUGAGAUGGGAUCAGGAAGCCGACAUGCUCCACGGUCGUCUGCCAGCGCCUCAAGGUUCGCCCAAUCUUGUACAGCAAGUAUUGCGUAUACUGCGACCAGCGGCACGCGCUGCUCAAGCUACUGCUCUUGCGAGCGAAAAAGCAAAAGCGGAAGCGAACGACAAAGUUCCGGCUGCAGACGAGGCAGCAAUGUCUGUCACCGUCGACGAUCGCAACGCUGAUGGGGCCGAUUUAUCAUCUGCAGCUGAUCCGAGCGCUGCCGAAAUUACGGCCGCACCUCUUCGUGAGCGAGUGGAACGAUCGCCUGCGACGACUCGCGCCGAUGAAGAUCUCGUCGCGCAAUCUCGCAACUUAGCUGAUGCUCUGGGUUCUUUCGAUUUCGCUGCGUCCGAAUCUGCAGAGGUGGCUGCUCCAGAAACGACGCAAGACGCCGACAUGACCACGAGCGAAACCGCCGCGACCGUUUCUUCAGCGCCAGACGCCGCGGUGCCUGCCUCGCGUGACGCCGAUCAGGCUGCAGAGGUAGCAGCCGAGCCGUCGUCAGCUCCUCGCGUUACUAUACAAAUCAAUGGAGCUACUGUGGACAUUACGGAGACUGGCAUCGAUCCGACCUUUUUGGAAGCUUUACCAGACGACAUGCGGCAAGAAGUACUCAAUCAACACUUCCGAGAAGUUAGACCACCGCCCGUGCCGGCAAAUGUCCCUUCAUCGAUCAGUCCAGAAUUCCUUGAUGCUCUCCCUGUGGAGCUGCGCGAGGAAGUGCUGCGUCAGGAGGCACAAGAAGCCGCACGACGUGAGCGAAUUGCUCGCGGGGCCGCCAAUCGUCCAGCUGGCGUGCCCGCCGAGAUGGACCCGGCUAGCUUCAUUGCCAGCCUGAACGAUACGCACCUCCGCGAGGCUGUCUACGAGCAGCUUCAAGACGCAGAUCAAGACUUUGUCGCCUCUUUGCCAGCCACGAUGCGCGCCGAGCUCGAAGCCGUGCGCGCGAGACGUCCAAUAGCUAUCCCACCUGGACAGCCCAUCGGCAGACGCCGAAUAUUCUCGUCGACCGUGAAGUCGACACGCAAGAACUCGAUGGCGCAAUCGGUGCAGUUGCUCGACCGCGCCGGCCUUGCUACGCUGGCAAGACUGCUCUUCCUGCAACAACCUCUCGACAAGAACGUCUUGUAUGCGGUGCUGCAAAAUAUCUGUCAACAUCAGCAGACCCGCUCGGAUCUGAUUGCCCUCCUACUUGGCAUUCUUCAAGAUGGCACCGACAUCACCGCAGUCGAUCAAAGCUUCUCGCAGAUGUCCAUUAGAUCGGGCAAGCAAGCGAAUUUGAGACCUCCAUCGAAGCGACGGGCAACUGGUGAUGCGCCAAUACCACUGCAAUUACAGCAAGCGCAAGCUCCUUCUGCUCGAAUUGUGGCUGCGCAAUGCCUCGAUGCUCUUGCCCUUGUGUCGAAGACGGCCGAAGAUUCUCAAUAUUUUUUCCUCACGGCUCAGGAGGCAUCGCUCUUUGGCAAAAGAAGUAUGAAGAAGCUUAAGGGCAAAGAGAAAGCACCCGCUUCAAUCUACCCAUUGACGAUACUACUCGCAUUGCUCAGCAAGCCUCAAAUGUUGAGAUUGGCAUCAGCGAUGGACCGUUUGCUUCCUCUGUUGGCUCAAGUUACGAAGCCGCUCACGAGUAUCAAACCCAAUGUCAAAACAGCAAUCGAGCAGUCUGGCCGCGCAGCAGCGGAUGCACCUCAUGAAGCUACUAAUACCCCAGCAUCAGUUGCGCAGACCUCCACAACGUCCAAUGCAGCGGAAGGAGCUGCGUCUACAUCUACGGCAACAGAACCUGACAGCUCAGAUGGCGCACAUAAAGCGGAAAGAUCACUGAAUGACACUCCUCCAGUGAUUCCGCCGCAUACGUUAAAGCUCGUAGUGAACGUCCUCGAUGCGAGCGAGUGCUCUAGCAAGACGUUUCAACAUACGCUCACGCUAAUCCAGCACCUUUCGCAUUUGCCUGGCGCUCGGGAAGUCAUUCUUUCCGAGCUUGCUAGCCGCGCACAGCACUAUGAGGGGCUGCUCUGGAAUGAACUUGGCGAGUUCAGUUUGGCCUUGCGCGACCCGUCCUCGACAGCGCGCACCGCUACUUUGGCAAAGUUUUCGCCCGCUUCGUCGACGCAAGCCAAGCUCCUUCGCAUCCUCAAGACGAUUGAUUACACGCUCACCGUCAUCCUGGGCGCAGCCGAAUCAACAGCUGAUACGACUGGCGGUCUUGCGGUGGGGGCCAAGGCCAUUAAUCGCAAUGCUGUCAGCGAAUCCGAGCAGCUGACGAUCGAUUCUGUCCAUCGGGGCAUUCGCUUCGAAGCUUUGUGGCAGCGUGUUGGCGAAUGUCUGUCAGCUAUCGAAGACAGAGCUGAGCUUGCGCACGUCACGACCGUUUUGCUGCCAUCUGUCGAGGCGCUCAUGGUCGUCUCUCGCUACAUUUUGACAGACGCAACUCAACCUCUUGGAGUAAUGACGGUAAUGUCGCCCAAGGUAGAUACGCCCGGUUCGAGCGACGGCAACGAUCGAGCCUUUAUCGAUUUCACGCGUAGGCAUCGCAAGACGCUCAAUACGAUGGUCAGGAAUAACCCAUCACUCAUGGCGGGCUCUUUCGCAAUCUUGGUUCACAACUCAAAGGUUUUAGACUUUGACAACAAGCGCAACUACUUCAAUCAGAAGCUUCACAAGCGCACCAACCGUGAGCACCAUCAUACUUUGCAAAUCAAUGUCCGCCGCCCAUACGUCUUUGAAGACUCGUUCUCUCAGCUACAGCGCAAGACAGGGGAAGAAAUCAAGCAUGGCAAACUCAGUGUGCGCUUUUACGACGAAGAGGGUGUCGAUGUCGGCGGCGUCACUCGAGAAUGGUUCCAUGUGCUUGCUCGGCAAAUGUUCAACCCAGGUUAUGCUCUCUUCGAGCCCUGUCUUGGCGAUCGUCUGACCUACCAUCCUCGUCGAACUUCAAGUGUUGUCACUGAUCACCUAGCCUUCUUCAAAUUCGUCGGUCGCAUCAUUGGCAAAGCCGUCUUCGACGGUCGUCUGCUUGACGCAUACUUUACGCGCUCUCUGUAUAAGCAGAUGAUCGGCAAGCCAGUCUCUCCAAGCGAUCUCGAGUCUAUAGACCCAGAAUACUACAAGAGCUUGACGUGGAUGCUACAGAACGACAUCACGGGUGUCAUGGACGACUACACCUUUAGCAUUGAAGAAGAUGUUUUCGGCGAGAUGAAGAUCGUGGAGCUUAAGCCCAAUGGAGCCAAUAUCAACGUGACGCAAGAGAACAAGCACGAAUAUGUCAGGCUAGUGACAGAGCAGCGUCUGACCAAGUCUGUCCAAGCGCAAAUUGACAGCUUCCUUGCUGGUCUCUGGGAAAUCAUACCAAAGGACCUCAUCCAGAUCUUCUCUGACAACGAGCUCGAAUUACUCAUCAGUGGCCUGCCCGACAUUGAUGUGGACGAGUGGCGAGCAAACACGGUUUAUCACAAUCUACCGGCCAACUCGACAACUGUUACAUGGUUCUGGAGAGCUGUUCGCUCGCUCGAUCAGGAAGAACGCGCGAAGCUGCUUCAAUUCGUCACGGGCUCCAGUCGAGUUCCUCUCGAAGGAUUUGGGGCUCUCCAAGGCGUCAGUGGUGUGACAAAGUUCACGAUUGUCGCUGCUCAUACCCACGAUUCGCUUCCUUCGGCGCAUACCUGCUUCAAUCAAAUUGACCUGCCGGAGUACAGUUCGUAUGAAGAUCUCAGAAAAUACCUCCUCAUCGCGAUUACUGAAGGACAAACUGGCUUUGCCUUUGCAUAGACUUUCGACAUUCGCAAGAUGCAUUUGUUGAUUCUGAUAUGUCUUGAUUUGUCAUUGGUGUCUGCGCUAGGCAGGGAGCGUUCGUCACCAGUCGCGUCACGCAAUGUAACAAUCUCAGCCAAGUGACAUGGACUCUGAAGACCAGACAGAUCCUGCAGUAGAGCGUACUUUCGUGUGUC